GGUUAAAUAUAAUUUGUGAGCUUCCAAUCCAAGUUUUUGUUGAUGAGAGCGGUGUUCCAUUCUGUGGAAGCCGCUCUUGAAUUUGAAGCUAUGGAAGGCGAGUUGAAACAAGCACAAGAGCUGAGUUAUUUGGAAGACAUGAGAGGCAAAUGGCAAUGCUGCGAGUGGCUCAAGGGCGACGUGAUCGGAUCGGGAUCCUUCGGCACCGUGAACCUCGCCAUCGACACCACCACCGGCUCCCUCUUCGUCGUCAAAUCCGCCACCACCGAGGCCGGCAUCGCCUCCCUCAAGAACGAGGCCGACAUCCUCCACAACCUCGACUCCCCCUACAUCGUCAAGUGCAUGGGCAAAGACGGCGGCGACGCCGGCAAGUGCAGCCUCUUCUUCGAGUACAUGGGCGGCGGCAGCAUCUCCGACAUGAUGCAGAAAUUCGGCGGCGCCCUCCAAGAGAAGGUCAUCCGCCUCUACACUAGGCAGAUCCUCCUCGGCCUCAACUACCUCCACCGCAACGGCAUCGUGCACUCCGACAUCAAGUGCAACAACGUCCUCGUCGGCGCCUCCGGCACCGUCAAGCUCACCGACUUCGGAUGCGCCAAGAGGAAGAAGAAUCAUUGCAAAGGGACCAUAGGAGGGACUCCCCUCUGGAUGGCCCCCGAGGUCCUCCGCGACCAGAGCCUUGACUUCGCCGCGGACAUCUGGUCGCUCGGGUGCACGGUUAUCGAGAUGGCCACGGGCAGGCCCCCGUGGCCGUGCGGGGAACACAACAACCCCAUGGCCGCCAUGCUCAGGAUCUCCCAGGGGGAUGACCUUCCCGACUUCCCCGCAGAUUUCUCCGCGGGGGGUUUGGAUUUCCUGUCCAGAUGCCUGGACAGGGACCCGAGCAAGAGGUGGUCGAGCGAGAUGCUGCUCGACCACCCCUUUCUGAGGAUGGGGGACGUCGCCUUGUCCCCGACUAGUGUGUUGGACGUUGCUGCAGGUUAUGAUUCGGAUUCAUGCUGCAGCAGCGACGACGAAGACGACGAAUUUGCCAGGAGAAUUCCCUUCUCGAUGAAGCUUAAGUUGCAGUCCAGAAAUGCGUCGGAAGAUCAUUCUGAUGCAUCGGAUGGGUGGAUCACUGUGAGGACCAGAUAGUAAUGUAAGGUGUUGUGCCUUUUUUGUAUAGAAAAAUAGGGCAGUGCUUAGGUUCUUCUGUAGCUUUGGCUUUUCUUCUACUCUUGAGAUUCAUUCAUGAUCUCAACUUUAUGUAAAGUGAUGUGAAAAUGUUAUUGGUAUUUUUAGAGGCUGUAUAUAUAUUCAAUCUGCAGGCAUGUUCUGCGCCUCCAUGAUUCAUAAUUUGUAAAUUUUAAAAAUAUAUGUUACAUAUAUGCAUGCA